ACAACUCGUACCGCUUGCUUGAGCGACAAGCUGACGUUUCGUUCUUUCCAUCGCAAACAUUUUCUACUUUCAACUCGUUGCAAGCUUUUAGUGAAAAUAUUGCAAUAAUCUGGCAAUAAAGUCCUGUUGAGUGUUUAAAAUGAAACCGCUGAUGUUACAAGGGCACGAACGUGCUAUUACACAGAUCAAAUACAACAGGGAAGGAGAUUUAAUCUUUUCAGCGGCCAAGGAUAGCAAGCCGUCUGUCUGGUUUUCACUCAAUGGUGAACGUCUGGGGACAUACAAUGGCCAUCAAGGUGUCGUAUGGUGUGUCGAUGUAGAUUGGACCACGACGCGGUUGAUCACCGGUAGUGGAGACAUGUCCACCAAACUAUGGGACGUUGAAACAGGCAGCGUUUUGGGAUCCAUUCCGUGUACAUCUUCUACCCGUACAGCAAAUUUCAGUUAUUCUGGCAACCAAGCUUCAUAUUCCACGGAUAAAGCUAUGGGUAACAAUUGCGAGUUGUUCAUAAUCGAUGUACGAAAUAUUGAUUCGAGUAUAAGCAAUCAAAGUCCGGUCCUGAAACUGACCAUGAAUCAACAAACGAAAAUCACUUCCAUGCUGUGGGGUGCGUUGGACGAAACUGUCAUCACUGGUCAUGAUAACGGAUCGAUCAGAAUUUGGGAUCUGCGGGCAGUGAAAGAGCUGAAUUCAGUAAAUGACCACACAAGCGUCAUCAAUGAUAUGCAGAUGUCGCACGAUGGCACCAUGUUUGUGUCCGCUUCGAAGGAUGCUACGGCUAAACUGUUUGACUCGGAGUCGCUGAUGUGUUUGAAGACAUACAAAACGGAACGACCAGUCAACUCCGCAGCCAUCAGUCCUAUUCUUGAACAUGUGGCUCUGGGAGGUGGUCAGGAAGCUAUGGAGGUCACCACAACCUCGACUAAAGCGGGCAAAUUUGAUUCCCGAUUCUUCCACCUGGUGUAUGAAGAGGAAUUCGCUCGUGUCAAGGGACAUUUCGGUCCAAUCAACAGUUUAGCAUUUCAUCCAGAUGGUAGAAGCUACGCGACGGGAGGAGAGGAUGGUUUCGUGCGUGUUCAGGAAUUUGAUGCUUCAUAUUACGAGUUUGUGUUCGAGUGAACGACCAACAAAAUAUUCGUUUCGAAUUGCUUUGUGAAUCCAUUAUAGUAAGAAAGCAAACUUGACAAGAAGAAAGGUAUAGUGAGAAUAAGAAAACAACCUGAGGUGUAUUAAACUGAACUCUCGACGUGGAGUGUUCAUUGAUUGAACAAGUAUAAAUGUGCACGCUGAUAUAUCCGCGUUUGAAUAAAUAUAUACCGAGAAAAAAACAA